AAGCGUUGAGUCUCUCAUUGAUAAAAACAUUUGGCAAUACUUUUAGCAAUACUUUUGUCUCGCAUUUCAAUGCAAUCAUACGUUUCAGACGUUUUCGCUGUUUAUUGUGUUUAUUAUUUGCACUGAUUUUGGUUUUGGCGGACCUUUUAUCGCAUCCAUUGACGCAAACCAUUCAUAUUAUCCAUACAUUUGUCCCGCAUUUAAAUGGCAUUCAUUUGCAGUGAAUUAAUCACCAAAUGAUGCAUUGAUUGAGCCAUUGAUUGAGUGAUUGAUCUGUUUUUGGUCUGAAGACUACGGGAAGACAUAAUCACCAGAAAUGUUGUACAUAUUUCUUGUGGAGAGCGGAUCUAUGAUGACGUUCGACAUGAAUCUCGCACUUCAGACCAAAGAGUCGAUCGAAAGUCUGAAUCCACCGAAAUGUGUGACCGAAUACGACCCGGACGUGGAUAUGGCCGACAGAGUCCAGAGUUGUGUCGAUAUGAACCCCAGUAUCCAUACAGUG